AUGCGACUUCCAACCACUCUGGCCCUGCUUAUGGCCACAUUGGCUCCCAUUGUCUCUGCCAAGGACUCACGCACGUUUGCCGUCCUGCACUUCCACGGCGAUGGACCACUGACGCAGGGCCGAUCCGACCCCAUCGUCAACCCGGGGGUGAUGGCGUUACACGUGCACACGAUCCAUGGCGGUAAUGCGUUUGGCAACUCGGCGACGGGCGAGUCAAUGCUCGAGUCGACGUGCAGCACGGCCGAUAUUGCGGCGGACAAGAGUGCGUACUGGAUGCCGUCGCUGUACUUCCACGACGCCAACAACGGCUCGUUCGAGCCGGUGCCGCUGUUCUACAUGAACGUGUACUACUUCUUUGAGGCGACCAACGACAACAUUACGGCCUUCCCGGUUGGCCUGCAGAUGGUCAGCGGCGACCCAGACAAGAAGACGGCGCCGGUCACGGGCAGCAAUGUGUUGGACCCGGCGGAUGGCACGAUCCAGCCAGCGCAGUUUACGUGUCCGCGGUCCAGCUUCGACCCGCCGUCAUAUCCGGUCGGCUCCAACGGCUCGAUGGCCGGCAUCCAGGACACGGGCAACAAGGGAUCGGGCGCGGGGUUUCCGUUUGCCGAGUGCGACGGCUACGCCUCGCCGCUGCGAGCAGACCUGCACUUCCCGUCGUGCUACAACCCGGAGGCCGGGCUGACGAGCUUCCGGACGAACAUGCAGUUUCCCACAGACACAGGCGAUGGCAAGCAGGACUGCCCGACCGGCUGGGUGCACACGCCACAUCUCUUCUUUGAGAUGUACUGGAACACACCGCUGUUUGUUGGUCGUUGGACGCCCAACGAUGGCACACAGCCGUUUGUGCUGUCCAAUGGCGAUGCGACCGGCUUCUCGCUGCACGGCGACUUUCUCGCUGCGUGGGACACGGACGUGCUGCAGCACAUCAUUGACACCUGCGAUGCUGGCGACUCGGGCAUGGACAAGUGCCCUGGAGUUGAGACCGUGCUGAAGGGCGACUGCAGCAUCUCCAACCCGACGCCGGAGGAGAUUGGCGGCUCGCUCGCUGCUCUGCCGGGAGACAACCCUGUUUUUGGAUGGCAGUAUGGCACGGGCUCGGAUACCAAGGCGAAUUCCACAACUGCCAAGUCCACGGCUGUUACGACGGUAGCUGCUAUUGUUUCUUCUUCUUCUUCUUCUUCUUCUUCUUCUUCUUCUUCUUCUUCUUCUUCUUCUUCUUCUUCUUCUUCUGCUGCUGCUUCUGCUGCUUCCACUUCUGCUUCCACUUCUGCUGCUUUUGCUACUUUUACAUCUUCUGCUUCUUCUUCUUCUGCUACUUUUUCUUCUCCUACAUCUACUUCUUCUUCUUCUACCACUCCUACCUCUGCUGCUUCCGCCUCUUCUGCUUCCACCCCAACAUCAUCAGCUGCCACUUUCUCCGCAAGCCUCUCUUCGUCGAUCACAUUCUCAAACGCCAGCACCACGUCGACCAUUUUCAUCGUCGUCGGCCCGGAGACCUCCAGAACGCUGCCCACGUUUGCGACUCACCACCAUUUCACCAAUACGUCGUCACCUGCGGCUGCUACCAGUAACGAGAAGCACCACAGCCAGAAGAGCAGCGGCUGCCGGUCACAGCCCACAACCACGGUGACUUACACCUUCACGCCGACGACAACGCUGACGACGACGGUUCACCAGACGACAACAACGACCGGGACUCACACGCCGAGUGGCUCGUUGCUGAAGGCACGGCAGGAACACGUGCGCCGCCACAAGCACCUGCACUUCUGA